AUAAAAAACAUGAUACAGUAACUGACUUAUAUCCAGUUGAAUGGCAUGAGGAAGCAGAAGCAAAACCAAUCAUUGUUGUAGAAGGAAGUAAUGUUUUAUCAUAUAAAGAAAUUAUAAACAUGGCUAAUUGA